AUGCCGCAACACGUAGCUGAAGUAUCGCUUGUCUUUUUGCUUCUGUACUGCUGUACAACAGUCGUUCUUUGGAUCAAAUGGCAGGGAAUGGAGAUCAAUGCUGGACCCGACUCGGCCAUGCUGUUCACUGAGACCGGGUUGAGAAGAGCUGACGACGAUCGUGAUUGGGAAAUUGAGAGCAGCACAUAUCCACGUCUGGCAUGGAAGAAAGGCGAAUUCAAGUGUCUUGGUUGGGUGGACACAGAUGAUGACGGAGAUGAAGUGGGGACACGGAGAGAGUGCUGGCAGCGCAUUCGAGCGGGGGACGCUGGGUACUGCGAGGUACUAAACACUACCUCAGGAGAGAUAUUUCGCGUGAUGCAGACGACAAGUUUGUCCUUAAAAGACGACGCUCGAUUCACGUGUGAACUAGCCAAAGUGUUUUCCACAUUCCGAUUGCACGCUGCAGCGUAUCGCCACGACCCGCCAAUGACGCUUGGACUUUCCGAUACAAAAGGAAUUGUCAUGGCUGUCUAUGGAGAUGUACUGCCAAGCGCAUUUGCUAGCGUUCGUCGGCUGCGAGAUACCGGGUGCACACUUCCGGUAGAGCUCUGGUUCCGGCACGAUGAACUCAAGUCAGACAACCCCGUGUUGAUCCUGUUGCAGGAGAAAUUCGGACCCGUCCAUUUGCGCCAGGUGUUUGACGAACGCAUUUACGGUUUCAACGUUAAGGUUCACGCGCUCUACUACUCGCAGUUUACAAGCGUACUGCUGCUGGAUGCCGACAAUUUUGCCGUGAAGAACCCGACACAGCUUUUUGAUUCUUGGCCAAUGAGGAGUCAUGGCGCUGUGUUUUGGCCCGAUUUCUGGCAUCCGGGAAACUCCAUCUUUAACCUUCAUGCGCAAAGUUUGGUAUGGGAACUGGUAGGACUCGACUACGUGGACAUGCCGGAACAGGAAAGCGGUCAGGUACUGGUGAAUCGUGAAAUGCACAGGCAAGUGCUAGACCAGUUGCUCUACUACGCAACCCACACACCAAGCCUGUUUAGGAAGCUAAAGCUUGUCUGGGGUGACAAAGAUCUCUUCCGCUUAGCGUGGCUUCAGCAGAAAAGGCCAUUUUACUUCGUCAACCACCGCAUGCCCGGAACACUUGGGGUCACAAACCAAAGUCGCAAACGCUUCUGUGGGGUCACAAUGGUGCAAUAUGACUUGAACGGGAAAGACAUGAUGUUCUGGCACCGUAACACGAUCAAAUUGAGCGGCCGUGACGAUGAUCGGCUUGUUUGGCAUGUGCUUCAAGAGAUGCCUGCAUUCACAAAAAUCGGCAGCUCCCCACUUCCCAAAAUCCAGUCUUUCAACGGCAACAAAUUGUUCAACGAAACCUCUUGCUUUGGUAUAAAGCGCUACGAGAUGAAUGCGCACGUGCAGAUGAAGCGAGUUGAUGAGCUUGAUGAGGACUUAGCCUCGCUGGAAAACACUCUGAUCAAUUACGCGCGCCAGGCACACCAACUCGUUCUCACGGAUGACUACAGCACUGUAUUCGGAGCAGUUGCGUAA